AUGCCCGAACUCACAAUAGUGCUAUUAGACCAUUCUAUGACUACAUCAUUAAGCCAACAUAGCUUCAAUAACAGUAUCACUGCCAAUUCUGAUUAUGCCCGGUUUCAAUUGUUACCCUCAAGACUCAACCUACGUAUGUUACCGAACCCGGGUGCUACGAAUCUGCUUGCCGCGCACAGAGCAAUCCACGAUGUAGCGCUGGAUUCGUUAAACAAUAACAGCGGCUGUAUCAGCGUGAUUAGUUAUGACAGUCGGGCCCAAAUUGUAAAUUCAUGCAUUCCUCAAGUCAUCAUUAGCAUUGCUGUGAACAAUUGUGACUCAGCUGUGAAAUCUCAAAGCCAAGACCGUAGAAUUUGGAUGCCAUUAGAAGUAGCUCAUUACUACAUCAGCAUCGAAUUACAGCGACACGGCGUACCCCAUGUGCAUUGGAUACUCACUGCAAUCAAAGCCUUAAGGGUGACGGUUUACAGUGAAGGCAUUAGGGUUAGGGCUGAAGAUAUUUCACAAGACACACCCGCUAGGAGUAUAGCUGCUUCAAGAAAGAAUUACCAGACCAUCGAGGACAUAUAUCUGUUUCAAUACAACGAUCUCAAUCCUAAAUAUGCAUAUAAUCAUACAAAUUUAGAUUCAUCGGCAUUUGCAAUUUUAAUAAGAACCUCCACCGAUUCGAAAUAUAUUCACCAUCAUCCACAUCUACCAAAUUAG